ACGAUGGCGUCCGUGGUGUUGCGGCAAUUUCGAAGGGACUAGCAAGUUUUGAAAAUUUUGACAACGUUCGAGAUAAUGGCAGAUAAUCAGCAGAGUCGAUUUGAAAAGUCCCUCGGAUUACUAACCGCUCGCUUUGUCUCUCUAUUGCAGAAAGCAAAGGACGGUGUAUUGGAUUUAAAAGCUGCCGCGGAUCUUUUAGAAGUGCGACAGAAACGGCGCAUUUACGAUAUUACGAACGUUCUUGAAGGUAUCGGUCUCAUAGAGAAGAAAAGCAAAAACAGCAUUCAAUGGAAAGGUGCAGGGCCAGGUUGCAACACUCAAGAAGUCAGCGAGAAAGUGACAGACCUAAGGGAGGAACUCAGAAAAUUGGAAGAUCACGAACAAUUAUUAGAUGCACAUACUCAAUGGAUUUUGCAGAGCAUAAAAAAUAUACAAAAUGAUAUAAUAAACAGAAAAUAUGCUUAUAUUACCUAUGAGGAUGUAAAAGAGAACUUUCUGGAUCAGUUUGUUCUAGGAAUUCAAGCUCCUCCGAACACAGAACUAAAAGUAUCAAAUAAUGUAAAGAAUGGUGUACAGGAUGAUUCGACAAGCUACAACAUGUUCUUGAAGAGUAAUUCAGGAGAAAUUAAGGUAUAUAUGGUUCAACCCGAAUUAGCUAAAAAUUAUGAUAGUAAAAUAUUAGAAAUGAGAUUGAAAGAAGAAUCAAAAGGCACGAAGCGUGGAAAUGAGGAUGAUGAAAAGAAGGAGGGAGAAGUCAUUGUUAAACCAAAAAGAAAAGUUGGCAGACCACCAAAAACCAAGGCGGAUCCAGUAUUAACUGACGAUGAUGAUGAGGAAGAUCCAGAAUUAGUAGAAGCCAAGAUACUUCUUCGUGACGUGAACACGUCAGAUAGUGUCCAAAGAGAUUUGGAAUUUUUCGAACAAUUCUAUUCCGAUUUUUAUGGUCCAUUAAUGAGACUGAGUCCACCUCCGGGAGAGAAAGAUUAUCAGUUCAAUCUUAGUGACACUGAGGGCAUUUGUGAUCUAUUUGACAUUACGACGUAAUGAGCGUUGUGUUAUUAGAAUUCCGAUUCAUAAAAUGAACUGUGCCAACAACAACAAAAAUUAAGAAUUUAAAAUAUUGUUGAAAUGACAGAACUUAUGCGUAUGAUUUUAGAAAUGUAGAAAUUUACAGAUCGCGAUCAUUGGAAAUAUGCGGUAUUUUUUUAUUAAAGUAUGAAAAGCUGAUGCAAAACAAUUGUGAGAACAGCCUUGUACAAUUCUGACCGAUUGUACAAUAUGAUGAAUAACGUGGUAACAUUUGUUUAAGAAUGUUUGUUACAUAUAUUUGUAAAGAUCACAUUUGUAACAUUGCGCGCGUGUGCGCACAUACACACACACACACACA